GAAAAAUAAUUGUAUGUAAGAUCUCUACUUGAGAUUAUGAAUCUGCAGAAGUUUGCUAAUGCUAGGCACGGACUCCGAAGCUAGCUACUUCGGUCUUGGACUGUCUCUAAGCAUUCAAAUAGCCAGCAUCUGUGCUCUCCAUCGUGCCCCAUCUUCCAUUUUUUACCUGCGACACCUAACUGAGCUCGAUGUCGUUUGCCUCGGAUUACACCACUCUCAUCUUCGACAUCGGUGACGUUUUGUUCUCUUGGUCCCCGCAGACCAGAACCUCCAUAUCCCAAAACGUUUUACGUAAAAUCCUUUCAUCUCCCACAUGGAUUGACUACGAAAGGGGAAGGAUCCCCCAGGCUGAGUGUUAUGCUAGGGUUGGAGGAGAAUUCUCUGUAGACCCCACAGAGGUUGCUCGUACAUUUCAAGAUGCUCGUGACUCUCUGCAGUCCAAUGAAGAGCUUAUAUCGGUUAUUCGACGCCUCAAAGCACACUCGAACGGAACGCUACAUGUCUUCGCCAUGUCAAAUAUAUCUGCGCCUGACUAUGAAGUGCUUCGUACCAAGCCUGCUGAUUGGUCGUUGUUUGACGGCAUCUUCACCUCCGCCGACGUAGGCGAGCGGAAACCUAACCUUGGCUUCUACAAGGCAGUGAUUUCAAGUACAGGGGCUGACCCCUCCCGCACCAUCUUUGUGGACGAUAAAAUGGAGAAUGUCCUCUCCGCUCGUUCGCUUGGAAUGCGUGGUAUUAUUUUCGACGAUAACAGUAAAGUCAUCCGCGCACUUUAUAACCUGCUUGGAGACCCUAUCGAAAGGGGCAGUCAAUACUUGGCUGUGAAUGCGAAGAGACUCCUAUCUGUAACUGAUAACGGUAUUCUCUUACGGGAGAAUUUCGCUCAGUUGCUGAUACUAGAAGCGACUGAUAACCGGAGUCUCGUCAAUUUGACUGAUACGUGUCGGACGUGGAAUUUCUUCCAGGAAAGACCAUUGCUUACUACCGAAGAGUUUCCUUUUGACUUGGAUACCACCUCACUUGGGUUGACCGUAAUAGGCAGCCCUGAGGACGUAGUACACUCCGUCAUGGAUGACAUGCUUGACUAUAUUGAUGACGAUGGGAUUAUUCAGACAUACUUUGACCAUCGUCGACCUCGGUUUGAUCCGGUCGUGUGCGUCAAUGCGCUCACAUUAUUCUAUUCUUAUGGCCGUGGCUAUCAGCUCGAUCGCACCCUUCGCUGGAUACGCGAGGUGCUCCUGCAUCGAGCUUAUCUCGACGGUACACGAUAUUAUGCAACCCCGGAAUGCUUCCUUUAUUUCCUUGGACGUCUACUUGAAAUCAGCAGCGACGUCUACCUGGCAGCCUAUAUAAAGCCACUGCUGAUCGAACGUAUUCAGGAGCGCAUAGGGGCUGAUGGUGACGCCCUGGCGCUUGCCAUGCGCCUCAGGCUUUGUGCAUCCUUUGGAUUGCGCAACGACGUUGAUCUUCGUACUUUGCUUCCUCUGCAAUGCGAAGAUGGAGGCUGGGAAAUCGGUUGGAUUUACAAAUACGGAUCUUCCGGUAUCAAAAUCGGAAACCGCGGUCUUACCACAUCCCUGGCCGUGAAAGCCAUUAAAGAGAUGAAACAACGUUUCCCUGGUUCCCCUUCAUCCCCUUCUGCUGCGCCUGCAAUUCCCCUCGCUUAUACAACUCCUCCUGAGCGCCUCUUCCAUCACUCCCAGGACUCCCAGCUCCAUAGCAACGAGCCCAACGGCCAGCGGCAACAGCAGUCAAUCGUUCCGUUAGUUCCGGGAUGAUUGAGGAAAUGACAAAAACUGUAUGAUGCAGGGUUCUAACUAUAAAUUUUUCGCCGUGGACUGCGGGCUCUUUUUUUCUUCUCACUGUCCAAUAUAUCUCUUCAAAGACUGUCAAAUAUGUCUCUUCAAAGACUCACAAUACAUAGUAGCUGUCUUUAUUACAUAAUAGUUCACGCCAAGUUCACGCAGACUUGAAUGUGCUUUAGCUAUUUUCGGAUCAGUACUUAGUAGUGGCUUCGGCUUGAUCGCCUUUCAGACGAAUAUAUAUCAGCUAUACCACCUUUCUGUAGUCAAUCGAGCGGAAUCCUACGCACUUACAAUAAUC